UGAACGCCAUGCCACGUUGUAUUCCAGCAAGGUCCGACGGGUUAAGAAAAGAUAUAAGGACCUCCGAAUUUUCAACGUAGGCACUGACCAGGUGAACACUGGAUCUAACCUUUACUCCAAACAUGCGACGCUCUCUUCUUCUUAAUGCACUCGCCUCCAUGGUGGUUCUUGCAGUCGCAUACCCCAUGUCGGGAGUGGAUACGGGUUCCUUUGUAGCAAAGCGAGAUUCGGACGAAGUGGCCGUUGCAGCCUUCUGGCCGAUUACCUACUACGGCGACGACGACAAGAAGCGCACCGAGGAUGAGGCUCUUGGGGUCUAUUUCCCAAUCAGCUAUGGCGACGACAAGUAGCGCAGCACCAGGAAUGUCCCGACAA